AUGGUCCUUUAUCCAUUAAUUUCCACAGCCCUACCGCCGGUCACCACACUGCCCACCACAGGCUGGUGUCCGGACCAGGGACAGUGGAUAGACCAUGGGUCAGCCUGUUUCUAUUACGACACCAAUGCCUACUUGGACUGGGGAGAAGCUAGCUUCGAGUGCUACAAAAUAGGCGGUUAUCUAGCGUCUUUUACUAGCGACAACGAGACCAGUUUUAUACUCGAACUGUUGAACGAAGAAGUGGCGUCAAGAAAUUUGUGGAUUGGUCUCAUUAAAAGAAGAAAAGAACAUUAUCAGUGGGAGGAUGGUACGGUUGUCAACUACACCAACUGGUCUCCGGCCAAACCGAGCGCUACUGGUGACGAGGAGAGAUGUGCCGAGUUUCUGCCUACGUCAGGACUGUGGAAUGACGUAACGUGUGACGGAAGCAGGGGUUAUAUUUGCAAAACGUCUAAAAUUUUCCCUACGGUUGCUACAUCCUCCACGACAACACGCACAAAUACCUCCUCGUCAACACCCCCCAGACAUGAGGAACAUGUUGUCCGCGUUGCAGCUAGAGCACAAGGCCUGACUACUGGGUACACUGUGGGCAUAGCUCUCCUGUCCAUCAUCAUAGUGGGUCUUCUUGGUUUCUUCGGGUACAUUGUCUAUAAUCGACCUGGGAAGACUGAAGUCUCGGCUUUUUACAAUUCUGAAGAUGGAGACAAAGUAGAGUUUUCUAGAACAUCUGACAUCACUGAUAGACCUGCUGCGUAAAUCAUGUAUGUUACACGCCGUUGUCACGUGGCACCUUACUUAUGGCAACUGCAUGAAACUGAAUUUUCUCAUCGAUCGAAAACAAGCGUCAACCAUCAGUAUUUAAAUUGAUAACAAAUUUAUGAUUCUGAAAACAGUGCUCUCAUUAAUGAGUUGAAAAUUGAACUUCACUACCAUUCCAUCACUGUAUUCUAGAAUAAAACAUUUAUUUAUCUAAAAUAGAAUUCAAAGCAUUGCAGAAGAGUAGUUGCAAAUUGUUAUUUCCAUUGAACAACUGAUAUAAAAUUAAAUAACGGAAUAAUGGAGCUUGAAAAAACAAAAUAAAACAAAAAAUUAAUUACCGUGGAAUGCAAGAACACUAUAUGUCACAUCUAACGCAAUUCCACUAUCUAUAGCGACUACUACCCGGUCACAUUACAUCCCUGGUGAAUAUUCAGCUGAUAAAACGAAGGCAAUUUACUUUACUUAUAGUUAAUCCAGAGUACCCUUUAUUUAUCCUGUUACAGGUAUGUCGUAACUGACAAAAGCAAUUUCGU